AUGACAGAGGGAGGUCCUGCCGCCGCACCUCCUCCCACGAAACACUUACGUACGACGCGAACGUCCGCUACGACGCGUUGCUAGUGAACCGGCCAACUUCUUGGAUUAUCGACAAGGAAUACCAGUGCAGUGUGCUAGUGCCCGUGUGGAUUAUCGCUGGAUUAUGUGCUUGUGUUAGUGUGACUGUUUGGUUUCGCCCUGGAUUUGAAACCAAACCGCCAGUGUUUGUGACCAUGUGUUACGUGCGGUGAUGGCGAACGCGGCGAACGCCACCAUGUUGUUGUUCGUGCUCGCCGUGCUGCUGCCGUGCGUCCCGGCGCGCGUGCUCCCCCAGGACGCGCCGCGGGACUGCGAGUGGCAGCAGCGCCUCGACGACGGCCUCGUGGACGCCGACGUGUCGCUGUCCGAGAGUGUGCUGGCGUGCCGGCUGCGCACCAUCGGCGGCACCGACGGCCUGCUGGCCAACCUGACGGCCUCGCAGGCGGAGCGCGUCACGGCCCUGCGCCUCGAGUGCAGCGACGUGCUCUUCUUCGAGAGCUCCUUGGAGGAGAACCGGCACCACGGCGGCGGCGGCUUCCUCGGCCAGCUGCGCGCGCUGCGCCGGCUGUCCAUCGAGCACUGCAAGAUCCGCUACGUGCCCGGCUCGGUGCUGGCGCCGCUGCGGGACCUCCGCCACCUCUCCAUCCGCACCCACAACACGGACUGGUCCGCCAUGGCCAUGGAGUUCAACUCGGAGAGCUUCCGCGGCCUGGCCGAGCUCCGCGUGCUGGACCUCGCCGACAACAACGUCUGGACCCUGCCGCCCGAGCUGUUCUGCCCGCUGUCGGCCACCUUGACGCACUUGAACCUGAGCAGGAACAAGCUGCAGAACGCCAUGGAGCUGGGCUUCUCGGACUGGGGCGAGGGCCCCGCCGCCCCCGGCAAGUCCUGCAACGCCGCCCUGGAGGAGCUGGACCUGUCCGGCAACGCGCUGUCGAGCUUGCCGGACAACGGCUUCACCAGCCUGCGCUCGCUGCAGAAGCUGUACCUGCAGGAGAACGCGGUGGCCGCGCUGGCGGACCGCGCCUUCGUCGGCCUGGUGGCCCUGCAGACCCUCAACGUGUCCAGCAACCGGCUGACCGCCCUGCCCCCGGAACUGUUCCAGUCCUCGCGCGACCUCCGCGAGCUGCACCUCAACAACAACAGCAUCAGCGUGCUGGCGCCGGGGCUGCUGGAGGGCCUGGACCAGCUGCAGGUGCUGGACUUGUCCGGCAACGAGCUGACGAGCAGCUGCGUCAACCGGGACACCUUCUCCGGGCUGGUGCGCCUGGUCGUGCUCAACCUCGCCCACAACGACAUCACGCGCGUCGACGCCCACGUGUUCCAGGACCUGUACUCGCUGCAGAUCCUGAGCCUGGACCACAACGGCAUCGAGGUGAUUGCCGAGGGCGCCUUCUCGUCGCUCAGCAACCUGCACGCCCUCACGCUGUCCCACAACAACCUGGUGCGCGUCGAGUCCUUCCACUUCUCCGGGCUGUACGUGCUGCACCAGCUGUACGUCGACCACAACCACCUCCAGGAGGUGAACCCCAAGGCCUUCGAGAACUGCUCCAACAUGCAGGACUUGAGCAUGGCCGGCAACAACCUGACCGAGGUGCCCGCCGGCCUGGGCCACCUGCACUUCCUCAAGACCCUGGACCUGGGCGAGAACAGGAUCACGGCGGUGAGCAACGAGUCCUUCCACGGCCUGGACCAGCUGUACGGCCUGCGGCUCAUCGACAACCGCAUCCGCCUGCUGCCCAAGGACGCGUUCUCCGCGCUGCCCUCGCUGCAGAUCCUCAACGUGGCCGACAACCGCAUCGAGUCGGUGGAGCGCGGCGCCUUCGGCACCAGCCCCACGCUGCACGCCAUCCGCCUGGACGGCAACAACCUCACCGACCUCUCGGACAUGUUCCGCGAGCUGCCGGGCCUCGUGUGGCUCAACGUGUCCGCCAACCAGAUCGCCUGGUUCGACUACGCCCUGCUGCCCAACAGCCUCGAGUGGCUCGACAUGCACCAGAACAAGAUCGACCGCCUCAAGAACUACUUCGAGAAGGACGGCGAGCUGCGCAUCAAGAUGCUGGACGCCAGCUUCAACCUCAUCACCGAGAUCGCCGAGGCCAACAUCCCCAACAGCGUGGAGACGCUGCUGCUCAACAACAACCUCAUCACCGACGUCAAGCCCGGCACCUUCUCGCGCAAGGCGAACCUGAGCCGCGUCGUGCUGUACGGCAACAAGAUCGAGAGCAUGGAGCUGGCCGCGCUGAGGCUGUCCCCAGUGCCGGACGACCGCGAGCUGCCCCAGUUCUUCAUCGGCGGCAACCCUUUCUACUGCGACUGCACCAUGGAGUGGCUGCAGCGCAUAAACCAGCUGUCGCACCUGCGCCAGCACCCGCGCGUCCUGGACCUGGACUCGGUGACGUGCCGCCUCGCCCACACGCGCGGCAACCCCACCCGCCCCCUGCUGGACCUCACCCCCGCGCAGUUCCUCUGCCCCUACGAGACCCACUGCUUCGCGCUGUGCCACUGCUGCGAGUUCGACGCCUGCGACUGCGAGAUGACCUGCCCGGACAACUGCUCGUGCUACCACGACCACACGUGGGCCUCCAACGUGGUGGACUGCUCCAACGCGGGCUACCGCACCGUGCCGCAGGGCAUCCCCAUGGACGCCACCGAGAUCUACCUGGACGGCAACGACCUGGGCGACCUGGGCAGCCACGUGUUCAUCGGCAAGAAGAAGCUGCAGGUGCUGUACCUCAACGGCAGCAAUAUCGCCAACAUCCACAACCGCACCUUCAAUGGGGCCAACUCGCUGCGCGUGCUGCACAUGGAGAACAACCACCUGCAGGAGCUGCGCGGCUUCGAGUUCGACCCGCUCAAGAGCCUCAACGAACUGUACCUGGACCACAACAACAUCAACAAGGUCGGCAACCAGACCUUCACGGCCAUGCGCGAGCUGGAGGUGCUGCGCCUGGACGACAACAAGAUCGAGGACUUCAAGCCGUGGCAGCAGCUGGCGGCGGCCUCGGCGUCCGGCAAGCUGGCGCAAGUGUCGCUGGACGGCAACCUGUGGACGUGCGACUGCGAGCACGUGGCCCAGAUGGAGGCCUGGAUGAGGGACAGCGGCAGGGCGGCCGACCCCGCGCGCAUGAUGUGCAAGGGCGCGGCCGAGACCGUGGCCGAGGUCAUCGCACGCUGCAGCGACGCCAGCCAGAACGUGGUGGCCACCUCGGUGGUGCAGCGCGGCUCCGUGUACACCACGCCGCUGCUGGCCCACGACUACGUCACCAUCGUGGCCGCCACCCUCGCCUCCAUCGUGGUCGUCUUCCUGGUGCUCGCCCUGGUCUUCAUCUUCCGCCACGACGUCCGCCUGUGGGCGUACUCGCGCUACGGCGUGCGCAUCCUCAGCGACCCCAUGGCGGAGGCCGGCGACGAGAAGGACCGCCUGUACGACGCGUACCUGGCCUACUCCGUCAAGGACGAGGACUUUGUGAGCCAGGUGGUGGCCGCCGAGCUGGAGCAGAGCGGCUACUCGCUGUGCCUGCACUACCGCGACAUCCACCUGAUGAGCGGCGGCGCCAGCUACCUGGCCGACGCCGUGCUGGGCGCGUCGGACGCGUCGCGGCGCGUCGUCCUGGUGCUGUCGCUGAGCUUCCUGCAGAACGAGUGGACGCGGCCCGAGUUCCGCGCCGCGCUGCAGGCCUCCCUGGAGCAGAAGCGCGCCGCCGUGCGCCGCCACAAGGUGAUCCUGCUGCUGACGACGGCGCUGGACGCCCUCGCCCUGGACCCCGAGCUGCAGCUGCUGCUGCGGACCUGCACUGUCAUCUCCUGGGGCGAGAAGCGCUUCUGGGAGAAGCUGCGCUACGCCAUGCCGGACGCGGCGCUGCCCCUGACGCGCAAGAAGCGCGCCGCGCCCGCCACCCUGGGCAAGAUGUCCCCCGCCGCGGCCGAGGCGGGCCACGGCCACGGCCCCGGCAAGGCGCGCUACACCGCGGCGCCCACCUCGCUGGACGCCUGGUACAAGUACAGCGCGCCGCAGCACUUCCUCCCCGCGCCCACGUGUGGGCCCACCCCCACCCAGUCCGAGGCGCACGACGACCGCGCCGCCAGCCCGCAGCUGCAGCAGCUGUACAACUACGCGACGGCGCCCUCGGACGGCCAGAGCCAGCACAGCUACGUGUCCAUCGACCGCCACAACCCGUACGGCCUGCACCACUCCUUCAGGCGGCAGCGCGACAGCCACGUGUACAGCACCAUCCCGGACACGCUGACGGGGCCGCUGACGGGGCCCUUGGGCGGCCUGGCGCCCGCCCUGGCGCCGUCCUCGUGCCAGCCCGCCCUGUGUAGGCUAGCCAACGGGGAGUUUGCGGUCAUUCAGGCCGCCCCCGGCCAGCCCGGCAGGACUUACUUUGUGUGAGCCGGCUGGCUGGGUGUGUGAGUGUGUGUGUGUGAGUCAUCCUACCAGUGCGGCUCGGCAGGGCCCGGGCACGCAUUCGACAGGGUUUUGUUUGCGAACUGUUACUAUUUAUUGUCACUGGCAAAAGUCAUGGAUGCUGUGGAAAAGAAAGUGAGGAAAAGAGUAAUGACAAUUUUUCAUAUUUAUGUUUUUUUGUUUGCGAUUUGGCAUUCCAAGCUUUAGUUUUCAGUGACACAGACUGAGUUUGUUAAGUACCUUAUUUAUAAUUUUAGUUAGUUAACUGUGUCGAGCAGAGCCACUUCAUUGCUCGAAUGAUUGUACUGUGUGGCAAAGUCUUUUAUUUAUUGUUUUUUUUUUAUUUUAAAUUUUCAAAUUGUAGACCGGUGAUUUUUAUUGAUUUCUUGACUUUUAAACACAAAAAGCCAGUCAUUGUGAAUACGCACGUAAACUGCUCUCUAAAUAUCUUGAUUGAAUGGCUGUGAAUGUAGCUAAAUGGUUCCCCUGUACUAUUGUCACUUUGCCGAUGCCAGUAUUUUGCGUUUUGGCGCCCGCUGCCCCCCACGUAGCCACGCCAAGCUGUGAUGUAAUCUCUAUACUGACCUAGCCUUUGUGCCAGACGGCCGAUGACCACUGAAUGAAUCUGCGCCAUAUUAUGUGAGCAUGUUUGUACUCUAUAGUUUGACUAUAUAUCAUAGGAGGCUGGCCACAAUGGUGGCCCAGGCCAGCCCAGCCCAGCGCCCUGCGUGGCUCUCCGGCUGGCAAAGGACAGCCAAGGGUGGCUCACAAUGGCUGACUCUGGGUGGCGAUUCGACAUAGCUCGUCGGGCUCGCCAGGUCUGAUCCAGCACAAUGCGAGUUAGCACCGAACCUUUGGCCCGCCAGACUCGUCUAUAGAUUUUUUUGGGGAUCGCCUUUGUUUCGGGACGAACGGAAGCUGCCCCCACGUUCUGGAAUAACGAGUCUUAUUGACAGGCGCGAAGUCUCGAUCGUCACAAGUGAAAAUCCGUUGUUACCUGAAUCUCACUCGAGGGCCACGUGUUCCUCUUAUUCACACAUGCUGCCACUCUAUCAAAGUCGGGAAGGAUAUAGUUAGGUCUGAUUAAUGUGACUUUCAUGAACCAGUCAAGCUUCGGCACGUCGCCUUUUUAUGCUCUGUAAAGUUAAAAUUGAACCAAAUGUUUGUGAUUUUGUUGCUCAUACUUGCAUUGUAUUAUCUCACCCUGUACGCACUGUAAAGUCACCAUUGAUUGGUCAUUCAAUGCCACAUUUUCAUGGUCUGCAAUGAGUUGAUAGUUAUAUGAAAAAAUUUACCUUUAUGAUAUUCCUGCAUAAAAGUGUAUAAUUUGUGCAUAUGUAUAGCUGUUGUGUAAAUACCCAUUCAAUCUGACUGUAUGUUUUGUUAAUAUUGCACAGUUACGUUAUUUAUUUAUUUGCUUGUAUUUCAAGCGAAAUUGUGAUACUUAGGGCCGAAGAAUGGGGUACAACUGUGAUCUAAUGUACAGAGGGCCUCCAAUUGGCAACUUAAUCUUCCAAGUGUGAUAAAAGACCCUGUAAUAAUUGUGGCUCAACAACCGAUACAAGCACUUCAUUUUACUGAGUUGACGAUGGAUUUCAGAGUUGUGUUUUUGUAAUUUCUUUUUGAGCUUGAAGGAGCGUCUUUUCCGUAUGUGAUGCAGAAUCAAAAGAUGCCGAUACAUUGAUAUUGAUGGCAUAUCUGCUUCUGAAUCACAUACGGAUACACCGGCGCUGGCACUCUGAAUGCUAGUUUCAAGUUGUUAAGUUUUGUUGAAUUAGUCAGCACAGAGCGCGCUGAUCACCACAAUCAUACUGGUCACCUAUUUAUAUAGAAAUGUCUUCAAUUUUCUAUGUCGCUAUGUAUAUGUUUUUUUCCUGAAAGUCUGAUACUAGAUCAUAAACUGUUAUGUAUUGACUGUACAUAAAUCUUUUGUUUUCCUGUAUAAAUGUGUACAUAUUAACAAACAUUUUAUAAAUAAAUAUUAUACUCGUUACAUUAUUAA